GCGACGGUCACACUUGAACAAAACAAACCGAAGACGGCAGAGAAAAAAAAACAAAUACCUCCUCCAGCUCUGUAUUUGUUUACCUUAACGCAAUGUCGAAUCCGCAGGAAGAACUAUUGCCGCCCAGCGCCGAGGACGACGAGCUGACCCUGCCGCGCGCCAGCAUAAACAAGAUAAUCAAGGAACUGGUGCCCACGGUGCGGGUGGCCAACGAGAGUCGCGAGCUGAUCCUAAACUGCUGCUCCGAGUUCAUCCACCUUAUCAGCUCUGAAGCCAACGAGGUGUGCAACAUGCGCAACAAGAAAACUAUCAACGCAGAGCACGUUCUGGAGGCGCUGGAGCGACUGGGCUUCCACGACUACAAGCAGGAAGCCGAGGCCGUUCUUCACGACUGCAAAGAGGUGGCAGCCAAGCGGCGAAGACAGAGCACGCGUUUGGAGAACCUGGGCAUUCCGGAGGAGGAGCUGUUGCGCCAGCAGCAAGAACUGUUCGCCAAGGCACGCGAGGAGCAGGCGCGCGAAGAGCAACAGCAGUGGGUGAGCAUGCAGGCGGCUGCCAUGGUGCAGCGGCAACCGCAGGCAGACGGAUCCAUUGCCAGCAAACCCAGCGAGGAUGACGAGGACGAGGACGACGAUGACUACUAGUAGAAAAUGACUUUUCUAUGCACAUAAUGUGUAAUUUUAGCUUAAAAAAAUAUAUUGCCAUAAGUACUAUCAACUAAA